AUGAUAUUCGACGCUGAAGAUAUCGAAGAAGACAUGGAGGACCACAACGAUUCUCUAGUUCUCACCUUACCGGUAGCAGUAUGUAACGUCAAGAAGAUAUUGAUUGACGGUGGGAGUUCAGUCGACGUUUUGUUCUAUGAUACGUUCAAACGAAUGGAACUGAAUGAUGAGCAACUGAUGUCUUCUUAUUAUACCAUCUAUGGAUUCAAUGGCGCCCCAACGAAUCCCCUAAGAGACAUCGUAUUAGAAGUAAGGACAAGACCAAUGAAUAUAGAAACAUGGUUCAGUGUGGUCGAUGCUCCUUCUCCCUACAACGCCAUCAUCGGUCGUAGAUGGGUACACAAACUCAAAGUAGUAGCAGCAACAUAUCACCAGUACCUUAGAUUCCCAACGCUCGAAGAGGUAAUGGAAAUUAAGGGGGAUCAGAUCACCGCCCGAGAAUGCCAAUCUCUGCAAAACCAACUCAACAAUGAACAAGAUGAGCAGCGGAAGCCCCGCAGGAGCAAAAACAAGGCAGCAGCCAAGGACAAGGAAAUCGAACUAUAUCUUGAAGAAAUUUCGGGAAAAAUCUGUACAAAGGAGAAUGUCACCUUAACUACCGAAGCUUCUACUUCAAUGGCUAAAGAGGCUGAAGAGACUGCCAAAUAG